AUGUCGAUCCCGCCAUACCCCUCCGCUCACCUCGCUUUCCCUUUACUUAGCUUUCUCUUUCCCCCUCCUCCCCCCUCUCACCCUCCUUUCCUCCCCCCACCCUCCCCAUCUCCCUCGCCCCUCCCCCACACUCAGGGCGCAACGCCCGGCCAGCGCAUUCUCGCAACGGCGGGCCUCCUCGGCCCCAUGGGUGUCUCCCCCGUUCCCCCCGGCGCAGCUCCUGGCGCAGGGGGAGCCCCCGGCGCGCCUGCUUCCGCGCAGCAACAGCAGCCCGCGGACGUGCAGGCGCAGGUGGCGCUGCUGGCGGGCCAAUUAGACGACGCCACGUUGCUGCGCCUGCUGCAGCAGCGCGCAGCGCAAGGCUCGCUGCUGACGAGCGUGGCGGCGGGAUUCGGACUUACCGGCGCAGGCGGCGGAGCCCCCCCCGGCGGAGCUCCCGCGGGGGGACUUGGCGGAGGCCCGACGGGGCCUGGCGGACCUGGCGCUCCCGCGGGGGCGCCAGGCGCGCAAGGAGUGGCUCCCCCUGGUCCGGGGGGCCCUGCGCCGGGGGGACCGGGGGGAGUGCCCCCCGGACAGGGGGGGCAGAUGUUGGGUCCGCAAGGGGGAGUGGGGCCGGCGGGAGGGGGAGCGGGAGUGGGGCCCGGAAUGGGUCUGAAGGUGCCUCAGUUCCGGCAGCAACCACAUGCUCAGGACACCCCGCCAGCCCCGGCAUUCAACGGGCUCGUAUCAAAUCCGCCGCCCAUGCAAGGCCAGCAGCACCCCAACUCCGUGCCACCGCAACGUGCGGGUCCCCUGCAGCCGCAGCAACCGCCCCCCAUGUCCCACCACGCGCCUUCCCCUCAUCCGCAGCAGCACCAGCAGUCGCAUCAGCAUCAGCAGCCCGCCUUGCAAACCUCCUCCUCCUCUUUCCACCAGGGGAUGUCACAGCCGCCCAGCUCUCUACCCCAGCCGCACACUCAGAUGCAGACAAAUCCGGCCGCCGGCGCCGCCCCUCCCUCUCUCAUGCCGUCCCAGUCGAGUGCUGGCGCGGGGGGAGUGGGGGGAGGCGCGCAGGGGAGCGGGGGAGCGGGCGGGAGUGCAGGCGGAGGGGGAGGGGGAGGCGGAGGAGGGGGAGGGGGGGGAGGGGGGAAACCCAGGGCGAGGGCGAGACGAGGGCAAGCAACGGACCCUCACAGUAUUGCAGAGAGAUUGCGCCGAGAGCGCAUAGCGGAGCGCAUGAGGGCGCUGCAGGACCUGGUGCCCAACUCGAAUCGCGUGGACAAGGCGUCAAUGCUGGACGACAUAAUCGACUAUGUCAAGUUCCUGCAGCUGCAGGUCAAGGUGCUCAAUUUGAACCGCCUGGCAGGCCCUGCAGCAGACGCCGUGGUCACUCUGCUUGCUGAUUUGAACCCCGAGUGUCCCACUCCUCUGCCCCUUCCUUGGGUUCUGCUUUCCCCAUCCUUCUGCUCCCUUGCUUGCUCCUGCUCCUUCUCCCCCCGUGCUCCUGCUGCUCCCUUGUUUGCUUCUUCAUCUAAUUCUCCUUUGCUCCUGCUCGUGAUUCUUCCUUUUGCUGCUGCUGCCCCGGUGCUCGUUGCUGCAGGAAAUCGACGAUGGUCUCUCAUCCUUCUCCCAGCAGGAGCUUACUCUUAUGGAACGACAGGUGGGUUGGCUGAAAGGAUAGAUGGCAUUGCUGAUGGAGCAGGAUAUGAGGGCAGCAAUGUAGUACCUGCAGAGCAAGGGUCUCUAUGCCUCAUGGCUUGCUUCUUAUAUGGUCUUGUUUGCCUGUCCACCCCUGUGAAUCCUCCCUCUAUCGUGCUUGCUGUAUUGCAGGUGGCAUUAUUAAUGGAGCAGGACAUGGGGGCAGCGAUGCAGUACCUGCAGAGCAAGGGGCUGUGCCUGAUGCCUCUGGGGCUAGCCAAUAUGAUGUCCAAGGGGAAAGGGGAAGGUGGGGGGGAGGAGAGAGGUGGUGAGGGGGGUGGUGCAGGGGAGGGAGGAGGAGGAGGUGGGGGGGGAGGAGGAGGGGAGGGAGGAGGGGGAGGAGGAGGGGGAGGAGGAGGAGGCGGUGGCGGAGGAGGAGAGUGGGGAGGAGGAGGGGGAGAUGGUGGGGAAGGCGACAUGGAUGUGAAGGCUGCUCCUGCCAUGAGUCCUGGUGCUGCUGGUGGGUCCACUGGUGCAGGAACAGGAGGCAUGGGAGUGGCUACAUUGCCUGGAGCUGGUGAUUCACCUUCUAGGGGAGUUGGUGGGGGUCAAACUGGGUCGCCUGUGCCAGCACCAGCAGGAGUGGUUGUGGCAGGAGGAGGAGGAGGGGCAGCAGCAGCAGCAGCAGCAGCAGUGUCAGCAGGAGCAGGUGCCUCUGCCUCCCCUACCUUAGCAGCAAGAGCAGCAACGGCGGCAGCACCAGGAGGAGACGGGGGAGUGAGAUCCCCAUGUGUGAAAAUGGAAGAGGUGGAGGAGCGUGGGGCAGAACGUGCUGCAGGUGGUGGGGUAGCAGCAGGAGGAAUAGGGGUGACGGCAGCAGGUAGCGGUGUUAGUGCGGGAGGGGGGGGAGGAGAGAGUGAGACUGACAAGAAGGUUGGGGCAGCAACAGGAGUGCUGAACGCCGGUGCCAUGGAGGUUUCUGGACAGAGCAGUGCAGUGGUGGCAGCUGCUACUGGUGUUGCUGCCGGGGGUGUGGCUGCUGUUGCUGUGAAUGCUGGCGUGUCUGCUAUGGAGGGAAUCACUACAGCGUCAUGA